ACACACACACACACAACCACAUACUUUAAACGCGGUCAGACCAGCAGCUCCCUCCCGACCACUGCCAGGUUUCAGCCUUCUGUGUCACAACCCGCUUCGUCGUUUUCUCGCUUGGACUUUUCGUCUCUCGCCGCACAUCUUGUUGUCUUCUCGCCUUCACUUUCUCAUCUUAAAGGCUUUUUUUUUUUUCCUUUACCACCCCUACUAUCAAGUCUUGAUUCUUGUGUUCCUCCGUCUCCAGUGAUGUCGUCUCUUCUGAAGGAGGAGAUGCAGAGAGUUUUAUUCCGACCUUCGAAACAGAGACUGGUUGAGUUUAUUGAGAUUGAGGAGCCAUUGGACGGAAGACAUUUUCUCUGCGUCUCAGCCGCUAAAGGCAAAGUGGUGCAGUUGAGCAUAGUGCGAUGUCAGAUAUCUCAGGCGCCCCUGAAGUCUGGCUCCAAGAAGUCCAGCACCAAACGCUCCAGCAUACAGGAGUGCUACCGGAGGACGGAGGUCUGGUCCCUGCAAGACCUGACUCUAGUGGACGGACGAGAUGCCGAUGUGGAUGACCCCUGCUUCCUGCUGCACUUUGACAAGGUGCGCACAGUGACGGCCACCAGCUGCUCAGCCAAAUACGCUUUUGUGCGAGCCCUGGUGGUGCUCAGCGACCAGCACUGUCAGAGGUCACUGAACCUGACGAACUUUGACUGGGCCUACAUCAAGCCCACCUCCUUUUACUCCAACAGAGGAGACUGUGUGGUUUUAUCACAGAUAUGCUUCUAUGCAUUCAAUCUUGUAUGUCUGUCCAUGUGUCCCGUGCCCCUGGAUGCAUAAUCAAACCACACAAUGAUAGUUUGUGUUUUUGUGUGUGUGUGCCAAGUGAGGUAUGUGUGUGAACAAAAAAAAGUAAUGCAUAAAACUUGCUGGUUGGUGGAUUCUAAAUCACAUUAAAGGAGUUUUGGAUGAUGAGUUAUUCAGUUAAAUGUCUUUUACAUGAAUAUUCUGCUGUUCUAAAUUUAAACAACUUGCUAUUCGUAACUCUCUAACCUUCUUUUGUGAUCUUUCCAUGAGAGUAUCCUUUUCUUUUGGGCUAAAGAGAACAAAUCAAAUUACGUUUUUUUGAAGGCCAACCCAGAAGUAGCAUUGCCAUGGGGUCUAUGGAGAAUUAGCCAAUGAGAUUUAUUGGAUCAUUGUAGAAAAUAAGCUCUGAGGCAAACACACGUUUCUGAUGAGUAGGUGUUUUGUUCAGCAGGAUCAUCUUCACAAAUGAACACCAUUUUUAUUUUUGAGGCGUUAAUGCAGAAGAGAAACGCUAACGUUAUGCAACAGCAAACUACACCACGGUCGGAUGAUUUUUGCGUCACUAGCGUUAUGCUUCAGACGAUCUCCGAUAUGCUAAUCAGCGGUUUUGACAAGCUAGCGAAACCGUAGCUUAAUACAUUGUUUAUUAACCUAAUAUGUGCCUAUAUAUUGAUAAAUCUAGAAGAGUUUUCACGACUGAGGCUGAAGGUGGACUAGUGAGAGAGUUCCCGGCAUUUGUGUCUGGCGUGAUGAUGUUUAAUGUCCCCAACAACCACUGUAGUCACAUUUAGCCACUUGUUAGCAAGUGCCUUUUUUAGGACGCGUAAAAACUUCAACAUUCACAAGUGGGGGUAUUACCUAACGUAGUUUAUGUGGUCUAACAAAACGCAAACACCUCUUUAGCUUGUGUUAACCACAGACCUUAUUUCAGGUGUCUAAACACAAACCCAUUAAAAAUCCCCAUUGACUUUGAGAGGAUAGACCCCAUGGCGCUAAAAUGCUAACUUACUUCCAGGUUUUAGGACUCGUUCCCUUGGCGCCCUAUUGACCAAUUUGGAGUACUUAAAGGGAUUUACAUUGUUCUAAAAUACACUAAACAAUUAUAUAACAAUGAACAAAGAGUUAACUCUGACUCAGCAACUCAAGUGCAGUUUGCUGUCAGUGUGUGUUUGACUUGUUUAUUUGUAGUCCAAGUCUUGUAUAGCUGCAUUUUAUGUCCUAGACGCUAGCUAUGAAGUAAUGUCGGGCUUUAAUACACAAAAUCCAUCAGUAAUCUCAGUAUUUAUUCAACGUCCUGGACAUGACCAGAAAGAACAAACUGUAUGUGUCCAGAGAUAUGUAUGCCUCAAGUUUUUCUUUAGUGUAGUAGACAAUGGGUUUCUCCACAAGGUGUUCAUAGAUGUACCGCCACUGUAACUAUGGUAACUUAGUUGGAUCCUUGACCCACUGACUCGACAGUGAGAGCGGGUCAGGAACCUCACCCCAUUGCUAAAGGUUAGCGUGUCACUGUAAGACAACUUGUCUUCCACUGUCAAACAAUAAAUAUAAUUGUUGAAGGCGUCCAGAUGGUCCAUAACGUUCUGAUGUGAACUGACCGCCAACUACCACUAGCUAGCUUUCUGCCACCAGUUGGGCUCUGUGCGAAAAACACGUCAUCGCCAUGUACGAACGUAAAAAUGCUCUAUUGUUGAAAUCA